AUGGCCUCAGCUAUGAAAGAGUUCCCUCAGCAGCUGCCUGUCCCCAAGGUUCCUGCAAAGGGCAAGAGCCGCUCUCGCCGACCCCGAGAGGCCCGUUUCAAAACACAGCCUGUCACCUUUGCUGAAAUCGCUGAAGUGGAAGAAGAAGGUUCGUCUCCACUGGAAGAGGAGAGGGCACGUCGAUCCUUUUUGCAGUCCCUGGAGAACCUGCGACGGAGCACACAGACCCUUCACUGCUCUCCGGCUGCUCAACGCAGCUGCACCCCUACAUCCACACACACCAGCCUGGACUCCAGCGACUCGGACUCAACCCAGUGA